UUCAUGUGAUACUGAUGAAAUCAGGGACAGACAUCAGAUAUAGAGAUAGUAUAUGGGCGCUUUUGAGUUGAAUAUACUGACUGCAAUCACUAUGAAUAUAUUUUGAAUACGAAGAGUUUAAAUUCAAUUUGGCAUAAAUAUUUAGUUACUAACUUAGUGCGAUCUUUUUUCUCAGUUCAUUAUUGUUUAAGGAAAAUAAUAAGUCAAAAUGGGACCAAGUUUUUAUUUUAUAUGUUUGAUAUCGACAACUGUGUUAGCACGCUUGUGUAUGGCAGCGACCACUACACUGGAACCGACUCAUACAACACAUGAAACUACAACGCGUGCAGCCACUACAACUGAGUCGCCCAAAACGAAACCUACGUCAUCAGAAUCUACAACGAUGGAACAUACGACACCUGGGUCAACGGUGCCAAAUACGUCGACAAAUAAACCCACGACCCCGAAAUCAACAACAGUGGAAUCUACAACAACAGAGGCUACGACGCCCAAAACGAAACCUACGUCAUCAGAAUCUACCACGAUGGAACAUACGACACCUGGGUCUACGGUGCCAGAUACGUCGACACAUAAAACCACGACCCCGAAAUCAACAACAGCGGAAUCUACAACAACAGAGGCUACGACGCCCGAAGCCACAACAUCAGCAGCCACGACAUCUGAGGCCACGACAUCUGAGGCAACGACACCAGAAGCAACUACGCCAGAAGCCACGACACAAGAAGCCACGACACCACAGUUUACGACACCAGAAGUCACGACGCCAGAAAAUACAACACCAGAAGCCACGACAUCAGAAGUCACGACGACGCAAGUUACGACGCCAGAACCAACCACACCUGUACCUGCUAUCAUACAGACAUUCGGGAUUCUUGAUAAAGAAAACAAAACCUACUGCAUUGUACUUGAAGGAAAACUGGAAUUCGAGAUACCGUACAUGACUAAGGACGGGAAGGUUAUUAAAGCACGUAUACCACUUCCCAUCAACACCACGGUCAGCGGUUCCUGCAAAUACAAUGGGUUGGACACAGCACAGCAGAUCAUACUUUCAUUCUUUGAUGACUGGAGUUUUUCGGUUAUCAUAAACCAAUCUCAGACAGUUUCGUUUGGUAGAAGACGAUUAUUGGCGGAAACCGUAACCUACGAUUGGAACGCAAUUUCUCUCAAUUACGUCAUAGAUGAUAAUUUUCCAAACGCACAGGAUAUAGGAAAGCGGUUUCAAGACUUUUCAAAGCCGAAUUUCGCCGAAUUUAAAUCCAAACAAGACGGAAGCUACAAAUGCGACGCCGAUCAGAGAAUCGACAUUGGUGAUCAGAACAUCACGUUGGUCUUGUCAAACUUCCAGUAUACAGCUUUUGCAAAGCAGGUUGAUAAAACAUUUGAGAACGAAGGAGUGACCGAGUGUGGUGCGGACAAGAAAGAUGACGACGACCAUGUUGGUGCUAUCGUCGGUGGGGUUGUUGGCGGCACCGUCGGUUUGAUCAUCAUCAUCGGUAUCGUGUUAUACUGCAGGAACAGGCGAAGGAAGGACUACGUUGUCAUGUAGAAUAAUAGACACUCUUGCUUAUUCAUCAUUAGCUUCUGGUACAUUAUGUAUGUACAUGUUAAAGCCGUAUCAUUGCGUCACACGAUUCAGUUUGUUUUACAAACGGUUUGAAUGUUUGUGAUGUGAUGUUCAUGUUCAAUAUGUGAGUUAAACGGUAGCAUGGUUUGCAUAUAUUGUGUCUAUAUUAAUUUUCACAGCUUCUAAAAUCAUUUACGUUAACAAGUACGUGAUAUUUUCUGUAAGUCUAAUUUGAAACGUAAACUAGUCUGUAAAUGAAAACAGAUCAUAUCAAUGCGUAUAAGUAGAAAAAUUAAAUCAAUUUGAACAAAAGACGUGCUAGUUGCUUAGCAAAUUGUUCACUAGUUUAAAUUCAUGCAAGCCUAUAACGGCGCAUAUACCCAGUCACCACAUCAUCAUUUGCAUGAAUAAAAUUGUCACAGCACAUUUCCUAACGUGGAUACUAAACUAAUAUUUCCAUACUGUAAGAACGGAAAUAAAUCCCUUACAUCAAACCAUCAAUUCAGCAUUGCAAGUUUUACUAAAACAAGCAUGUUUAACACCCUAUUUAUAAAUAAUACAAGCAUUCAAUAACAACAUUGUAGGUCUAACAAAUACACCAAUAUAUAUCAUAUAAACACCUAUAUUUAAUGUCGCAAAACAACGGUUGAUAUGAUGUUUACUUUAUGACUGAGAGGUCCCAUGUCCAAUCCUCAGUCAUUGAGAUUUCUCAAACUUCGUUAGGACACAGGUAUCAGUAUUCCCCUGAAAUGGUCCAGACAGGUGUAUUGUUUAAACUUAGACUUGUGGAACUUGAAACGGUUUAAAGUUCAUGCAAGCCACAAUAAAACUAACAAUCAGUCAUUUCAUUAAUUUAAAAUCGACUUUUCCUUCAAAGCUCUACUCCAGGCCUGCAAACAAAGACGUUUCAUCGUACAUCGAUCAGCGCCAAAACAAUCAUCAUUUCAAAUAGAAUUAAAACAAUGACCAAAACAUAUAUCUCACCAAACCAAGAAUACAAUGCAGUAUCAUUAAUCUCAAUUUUUUUUAUUGAAAAGGUCAUGCAUAUUUGAACUUUUUCGGAUACGAAUGAAUAUUGUUUGAAUAUUAUUUUGUAUUUGGUGUUUACAAUUAUAAAAUGUGUAUUUGUAUGCGUUUUUAUAUGUGUAUUUCAUACUUCAACAUAAAUGAUUGAGAUAGUGA